AUGUAUGAGGAUGUGGGGUUUGGGAAGAUUGUUCUUAGAACUUGGAUGUUGUUCAUAGACAAGGCACACUUAAGGGAGACUUUGAAGGAUUAUGCAGUCCAGGAAGGUUUUGCUCUGAAUGUUGUAGCUGCAGAUAACACCAGAUACACAGUGACAUGCUAUGCUGAAUGUUGUGAGUGGAGGCUGCAUGCCAGUAGGUUAAUUGAUGGAAAAACUUGGGCUAUCAAGAAAAUAUGGCCAGAUGUACACAACUAUAGGGGCUUGGAAACAUAUAAUCCUAUAUGUACUGUGAAAUGGGUUGCCCCAAAAGUAAUGGAAGAUAUUAGGGCUGCCCCUGAUAUUCCAGGAAAAGCAUUGAAUGAAUUGUUGUUUCAGAGGUAUGGGAUAUACAUGAAACAAGCUUACUUAUAUAGGCUGAAAAGGUAUGUGAUUCAAGAGCUGUUUGGUGGACAUGAUGAGUCCUACUCAUUGAUGCCAAGGUAUGCUGACAUGAAUUGCCAGACUAAUUCUGAGUCAAAGGCAUUUGUAGCAUGGCAGCUUAGUGAGAGCAUUCCUAGAGUGAAUUUGUUUACAAGUGUGUUUAUCAGUUUUGCUGGGCAAUGGAAGGGUUUUCUGGCUGGUUGCAGACCCUUAAUUGGAGUUGAUGGGGCUCAUCUAAAGGGAAAUUAUGGUGGAAUCCUCUUGUUUGCAGUUGGGUUAGAUGGCAACAAUGAAAUUUACCCAAUAGCACUUGCCAUUGUGAGUGUUGAAGACAAGGAAAGUUGGUCUUACUUCUUCUGGCAUCUGUACAACAUAGUGAAGCAAUCCAACAGGCAACAUUGGACAAUUAUAUCUGACAGACAAAAGAGGGUUGAUCUAGCCCUAAAAGAUGUAUGGCCUGAUGCCAAGAGGAGGUACUGCUGCAGACACUUGAGCAGGAACUACAAGAAAGAAUUCCCAGUCUCUUUGAUGUACACACUAUUCUGGAGGGCAUGCAAUGCAACCAACAAGUUCACUUUCAGGAAAGCAAUGGAGAGAUUGCAGAAGGAAGGAGGAGAGGAUGUUAUGGUGUGGUGCAGACCUGUUUUGACACUUCUUGAAGGGAUUAGAAGAGUGUGUAUGGUGAGGAUUGCUUCAAGGCAUGAAAGAGCACAAGGCUGGGAGGAUAAUGACUUAUGCCCCAAAAUUGCAAAGUUGGUCAGGGACAUUAGCAAAGCAACCUCUACCUGCAGAGCCUUCCAGUCAAGUCCAGGUGAAUAUGAGAUACAUGAGGGGAGGUCUCAGUUCCCUCUAAACCUAAACCAAAAUAUAUGCUCAUGUGGGGCUUGGCAGGUGUCUGGUAUACCAUGCAGACAUGCAGUGAGGGCAAUGCUACAUGCCAAAGUUGAUCCCCACAAUUAUGUGAGCUCAUGGUACUCUGCUAGAACCUACAAGCAAGUGUACAAUUUUGUGAUUCACCCAAUUCCCGAUUCAAGUCAAUGGCCACCUGUUGAUGCUACCCACCCUCAGCACAUCCACCCACCAAAAAUGAAGAGAGGUGUAGGAAGGCCAAGUAGAAACAGGAAAAGAGAAGAGGGUGAAGACCAACCAGGGAAGAGGUCUAGAAUAGUCAGAUGCAGCAACUGUGGGAAUUUAGGCCACAACAAAGCAACUUGCAAGGGUGGUUUGACUGGAAAGGAGUUGGAGUCAGUGAAGGCAAUGGUUGUUAGGAACACAAAAUCAAGAGAUCAGUCAAAUGCAGCUAAGGAGGCUAGAGCUAUGUCUGCUGCAACAAAGAUCUCUUCUUCACAGUUGGCUAGCCAACCACAGGACUUGUCCCAGUCACCCUGA